GUCAAAUGACGCACGUUGGCGAAAAGUGCGCUGUGCACAAAUUCAGUUAAUAUAAACUAUAAAAACAGUUAGCAAAUGAAAACAAAUGUUUAAUUGAGAAAAUUAAUGAAAAAUAAGUUAAUGAUAACUGAUAAACGAGUGAUAAGUGAUACAAAAGUGAUAAGUGAAACCUCAAGGCAUGAUCGCCUCGCUUGAAAAUAUCCGAUUUCUUUAGCACGUUAAGCACCGAUAACCCGUAAUUAUGAACUCGCAAUCGGAUGAUGUGGAGGAUGUGCACCUGUGCAUUAAGUGCCAUGCGACGAUUGUGGGUCUGCGCAAAUACAUUUAUCACCGCAAGCAGAACUGUCUGCGCAUUGGCGGGGGCAGUCGAAAGGAGAAGCCACUGGAGGCCACGGCAACGACAUCUGCGACUACUGAGCAUGUGACGCGCACAGUUAUAGCGCGGCCUAGCUUGGAGCAUAGCUAUGAUGGGUUCAAUUUCGCCGAGGCGGAAGCACCGAGCAGCUACUUGCGCAAGACGACGGCCAGUCAUGGGGGCAAGACGUCGAAAGGCCUAGCUGAGGCGUACGAGCCGACGUACGAGCUGGGCGCCGAUGUGUUCUUUUCCUCGCUGCAGCUGCAGAGCGUCUCCACGGGCGGCAAGACGGGCGCACGACCCGAACGGGUCGCUAAGGAGGAGCAGAGCUGGCAUUCAGCGGGCAGGUGCUCCGAUCCUUUGUUGAAGGCGGUGCGAGAGCAUGAGGAGCCGGUGUUCAAGUCGCUUAACUUUGCGCAUUCGCCGGAGGCAAGCGAGGAGGAGGACGAUGAGGAGGAGCCCGAUGAGUCUGAUGGCGAUGAUGAUGAGGCUGACAAUGACCAGGACCCAGACUAUGAUCCCGAGCUCCAUCCAGAUGAAGAUUACGAUGGGCGGCGCCACUCGCCGCCCACUGUGCCUGCCACGCACACUGGCGGCAAGUGGAGGCCGGAGCAGCGACCCCAGCUGCAUCACACGCACCUGGAACGCAUCUCGCCCAGCUGGGAUGAGCCGGCCGAGGACGCGCACGAUCAUCCGCCCGCCGAGCACACACACGGCAAAUGGGUGCCCGGCAGCAAGCAGCUGGAGUACCGGGAAAACAUUGAUCUGACCAAGCUGAAGCAGCCGAGCGCCAGCUAUUGGUGCAACAUCUGCUGUCGCCGGCUCAAGACGCGACUCAUCUACGAUCAGCAUCUGCGCAGCAACUACCAUAAGCGGCGCGCGGACACCGAGUGCCAGCUGGAGCAGGCCAAUCUCCAGUCCGCCCAUCUGAAGGUCAACAAGAACUUUGCCCAUCCGCCCGCGCCAUCGGCGAAGGAGCAAGUGCAUCAGCGGCGUCGUCGUCGCGCCCGCCUGCUGCGCUGCGAGCUCUGCCGGCACAGCAUGGCGCGCCACCUGAUGGGCAAGCAUCUGAUCUCGCACUACCACUACCGGCGCAUGCAGCUCAAAUCGCAGGUGGGCGGCCAGAGCGCCUCGCUGCAUGCCAUCCUGGAGCACAUGGGCAGCAUUGUGCGGCAGGCGCCGUUCCAGUGCCUGCCCUGUCGCUUCUAUGCCAAUACGGAGCAGGCCUUUCAGGUCCACUGGCGUUCCUCCGAGCACAUCGAGCUGACCGGGCGACUGGGCGGCACCUUCUGGUGCAGCUACUGCCAGUUCGAGUGCGCCAGCAACGAGGAGAUGUGGCAGCAUCUGCUGGGCAAUGGGCACAUGGAGGUGCUGCAUGCGAUCAAUCGAUCGGUGCCCGUUUGCAUUGGCCAGCGCCGGCACCUCAACUGCUCCGUGUGCCAGGCCAAAUUCCUCUACAACGCCCAGCUGCGACGCCAUUUCGCCUCGGAGCAUAUGGGCGUGCCACCCACAGGCAGCGCCUCGGAUGACUAUCAGUGCCGCUUCCGCUGUGACCAUUGCGGAGCGCCGCAAAAGUCGCGCGUGGCUUUGCAGCGCCACGAGAAGCACAAGCAUCGCCUGAGCAAAUAUUAUUGCGCCGUGUGCGAGCUGGAGUUCGAGACGCCGCUGGCUGCGCGUCGGCAUCGCAGUCUCCUGAGCCAUAAGCAAAAUGCGAUGCUUCGCCAGGACGGCGGCCCGUGCAGCAGCUCGGCGCAGCCGGAGGGGGAGACCGAAAUAGAGCACAUGCUGCGCGAGGUGCUGGACGAUCCGCUGUCCGAGCCCGAGCAGCCGACAACGAGCUCAGGCACCGGCAGGAGGCGGGUCUCGAUCAGCCAGUGCGCCAAUUGCCAGCAGAGCUUUGAGUCCGCCCAGGCGCUGAUUCAACAUCGCAGCGAAGCCCAUCCCAUGGAGAACCACUGCUGCCUCAGCUGCGGCAGCAGCUUCCAGACGGCCCAGGCCCUGGGACGGCACACGCGCACCUGCCAGCCCAUUACCUCGAUCUCCUCCACGAUGGACGCAGUCGCCAACUACUGGCCCUGCGAUCAGUGCGGCUUCAGCGCCCAAUACGAAUCGGAUCUGCUGUACCAUCGCUUCUUUCACAUACGCGGCCCCACGAUUGGCAAGGACGAGCUGCUGCAGUGUCCGCGCUGCCCCAAGCGCUUCCGCAAGCACUCGCUGCGCGCCCACCUGCGCAACCACACGAACGAGCGCAUCUUCGAGUGCGAGCAGUGCAAGGCCAAGUUCGCCAGGCGACACAAUCUCAAGAGUCACAUGGACAACAUUCAUGGCCAACGGGAAAAUCCAGAAAAGGCCCCUAGGACGACAACAACAACAACGACGACGACGACGGCGAUGCGAACCAAGCCAAAAUUUGAAUGUGGCACGUGUGGCAAAAUGUUGGCUAAAAACCAAACAGAACAGAACAUUGCACGCCAUUUCAAUAAAAGUGAAUUGCCCAACGACGACGACGACGACGACGACGACGAUGGCAAUGGCGACGACACAAACUUUAGACUGAUGCUGAUGCUGAUGCUGGCAAAGUAUCCGCACAGGACCUAG